CAGAAAGAGGAUGCAAUUGACCAAACGGAACUCUUAGAUGCUGUAGAUAAUAAAGCUAAGAAACCAACCAAGAAAAAGCCUAAGUUUAAAGCAAACCCGAUCACGGUUGCGAAUAAAAGGAAACGUAUCAAUCUGGAGUUGCUCAACAGCCUCGAACCGGAAGAAAGAGAUUUGGCACCAAAGGCGGAAGAGCCGCUGCAGUGUCCAAAAUGCCCGUACAAAACAAUCAACACGACGCACUACCACUCGCAUCAGCUGACGCAUCUUAGGCGUGAAAAUCGGACUUUUCCGUGCAAGGAGCAAGGUUGUUCUGAACAGUUCACAACUAGAGCGGGUUUACGCGUACACAUGGAGGCAAAUCAUGUAACGUGUGUCUGCGAGACCUGUGGUCAACAGUGUGGAUCCACCAGUAGAUUGCAAGACCACAUGCGACGGUCUCACGGCAACGACCGGCACCCGUGCGGGUACUGCGAGAAAACGUUCAAGGUUAAGAACGACCUGCACACUCACGUCAAAAAUGUGCACCUUUUGGAGAAUCUUUUCAAAUGUGACACAUGUGGGAUGGAAUUUCGCCGGAAAGUUGCCCUCAAGUACCACCUAGCUACGCACAGCGACGUGUACAACUUUCCGUGCCAGCAGUGCGAUAAAAAGUUCAAAAUUUACCCCUUGCUGCACAACCACGUUCACCGAGCGCACAAGGAAGCAUCGUUCAAGUGUGAACACUGCCUCAGGAUGUUCCACACCAAGAGCUUGUGGUUGGACCACAUCGAGAGCGUACACGAGAUUCAGAUGCGCUUCGUCUGUGAGAUUUGCGUGGCAAAUUUCGAGAGCCAGGAGAAGCUGGCGGCCCACCGAGCCCGUCACGAUAACCCCAAAAGCUCGAGUGUGGCCAAUGUUUGACGGCGUUUCCGCCCCGGAACCGUUAGCAGACCAUAUGUGCAUCACAUACAGAGAAGAUUACGUUUGCUGUGGUCGAGAUCUGUUUCAUUUUGUGCAGUACAACAGGCACAUGUUCAACAAGCACGGCGUCAAGGUAAACGCCCGGGUUAAGCCAGAUUUGAGCCUUUUGCUCGGGCAAAUACGCGCCAAAAGGAAACGAAUCUUGAGCUGCCUCAAGUGUGGCAUCAUCCUGUCGACGAGAACACAGAAAAAGCAGCACCAGGAAAAGUGUCUUGGAGGAGAAAAUAAAAGUUGAGACCGUGGAUUUUUUAAUCGAGUUUGUUAAAAAAAAAAAAAUGUAAAAAUAAACGUUACAAAAGCCGUCAACAUUGUGA